ACGCGCCCCUUGCGGAAGGUGCCCGUGUUCUGGGACGUGCGCGCGCGUCCCCGCUCCCCCGCUCGGCGGCGGGAGAGAGCGCGCCGGACGGCCGGGUAGCGCGAGGGAAGGAGAAGGACACUCGCCGGUGGGCGAAAACCGGAGCGCCGGGCGGCGCGCCAGUGUUGUGACGUCUCGGCGCACGUACGCGCCGCGCGGCUGUCAGCGGGCCACGGAGCGGCAUCCCCGAGGCGUCCCCGGAGGUUAGGGCGAGCGACAGCGAUCGAUCCGGGUUUUCCGCGGCCCUGGACGCCGGGCGUGUUCCGGGCUGGCGUGCAAGUCGGGGUAGUCUUAGCCAGUGACACCUAGUCCUGGUGAUUUUUACGUGCGGUACCUGCCUUGCGGCUUUUCUUACCAAGUGACAGUGAGUGUCGGGUGGUUUUUCCAUUUUUACCUAUUUAUACGGUGCUCAAGGUGCGCCGCCAGAGUGAUGCGUCCUGUUGCGCCGCUGGGUCGGGCCGGAGUGAGCGGGCGCGGACCGUAGGACCCCGCCGAGGGGAAGGACCGACCACCCGAACGUGGAUGGUGCGCGACCUUACGACCGAGGAGCAUAGGGCUAGGAAGAAGGGAAGGAAGAUCGAAGAGGUGCAGGAGUCCUGCUGAGUUUUGGGAAGAGGGGCACCACCGGGCUCACGACGAGAGGGAAAGGACUGGGAUUAUGCUAAUUCCGGUAGUUGAGGUCUAAGGAAUACCCGUAAAUCUUGUAAAUCGUGGUCCUCGGUGGUACUUGGACCCACGCCCGGAAACGCCGCACACGAAGGCGAGAUAUUGGACAGAAGGGCUCACCUUGCGCGCCUUCGGAAUCGACGGGGAGAGAUCAAGAGACCGAAGACUAGGAACGGACGAUGCCGUUGCGUAUUAUGUCAUAAUAUAUAUUGUAUUACGUUGUACUUCACUAAUGCCUAGAGGAUUGGCCCUCGGAUGAGCAGUCCAGCCAGCUGAUAGCGGCGACCUCGACAUCCGGAAGAGGAGCCUGCAGACGAUCCGCGUUAUCUCCCGCGACUUACUCCAGACGUCGAGACCGUAAACAGUUCUACCGAAAGCCGAGUUACUCCUCGGCGGUCGCGUAGCCGCGGGAAUAUCCUGCUGAUACAUCUCCCAAAGAGGAAAGCUAAAACCUUAGAGUUCAAAAUACCUCGAUACAGCGUUAAGUCGGAACUAGGAACUACGUUAAAGGGAGUCUCGUCGGGGAAUCGAGACCCCUCAUUGCUCACCACGCGUGGCUUUGGAUCUAGCCAUAUCGCCGAAGGAAAAGUCAAGCUUCGAAGGAGGUCGCGGGGUGUAUGCAGGGUCCUGACACGUAGAAACAGUCCUGGACACUUAAUAAAGGUCCCAGGGAGUCCGGGAGUCCCCAGGAGGGAGACGGGCCUGGAAAAUCGACCCUCGGAGCGCCUAGAUUAAGAAAACGCCGGUCACGUGACCCGACAGGACGGAUCCCGGGAAGGGAGACGAGCGCCGCCCUUCUCGAGCCUUGGAAUCCACGGAGCCCCAUAGAAAAUCCAUAAAGCACCAUAGACUCCGCCGACCUCCGGAGAACCCCCGAAACCCUGCUCUUCGACUCUCGCGAAGAAGGUCCGAAGCCAGGGAGAGAUCAUCUAACAUAUCAUAUAAGUCUUAGAGUUUAAGCGAUUUUGCCCGUUCCGGAGGUUCCUCCAGGAACGUCGGCAAGGCUCCCACGUGGAUCGUCCUUGGGAGGAAACGGGAAGCCUGGCGAAUCGACGUGGAACGGAGAGGAACGGUGAUGCGCGACUCGCGCUCUCGAUCGCUGCACCUGGACUGGGAGACCUGAGGAGGCUGCGCCGCGCGUCCGGUUUGAGAGACUCGCCGAGGGACCUGGUGGGAAGAUGUUCAACUUUAUGAAGAAGGCCGCCGAGAAGGACGACAAGGAGAAGCGGAAGCGCGAGAAGAAGGAGCGGAAGGAUGUCAAGAAGAGGGAUCGAGGCAGCAUGUCUGCGGAGGAACUCCUCAGGCUCGAUGAGGUGCGAAGGUCCUUGAAGAUUCGAGGUCGGCGCAAAGAAAAAGAGAAGUUGCCCAGCGGUAUCACGGCGGAUUAUAGUGCUUCGUUCUUCGCCCAUCUGGACAGGGACUUGUUGGAGAACGUGCAAAAUCCCGCGGGUCCGAGCUGGACUCGAACCCCGGAUGGAUUGACGCAGAGCGACUCCUCCGAGGCAUCCUUGACGUCCUUGACGAACGCCGUGGGAAGUGGCGGAAAGGCACUUCCGCCACUUCCUCCAAAGCCGCCGAAGAGGGGCAUCCUGAAGGGUCCUAGACUGAGCAUCACGACCAUCGCCGGCGAGCAGGGCGUCGUGCAGAACGGCAACGAGAACCACCAAGACUCGAACCUCUUGGUGAGGAACACUCUGCGGAACGAGGUGAUUGCCUAUCAGAACGUACCGAUGCACCUGGGGGGAGGAUCCGGCACCAGGGAGGAUACCUGUUGCAGCGAGGAGGAAUCCUACACCAGGAGGAGUCCUCAGCAUAAUCAACACCACCAGCAGGACACGAAGCUCCUGCAGGUGGUGACCAGCGCCAGCCCAUCAGCGGAUUCCCUGACGGACACGACAAACUCCAGCUUCGCCACUCCACCCUUCAGCCUCUCUCCUGUGGGCGAAUCGCAAGGCUUUGCAAGAUGGAGGUCCUCGGCGUCCUUCGAAGACCAGGGAGUGGAGCUUCCUCUUCCGCAGAUCGUUCCUCUGAAACUUCCUCAGCCUAGAGAAUUGACUAUCCAGCGACAACCACCUCCUAGAAGUGAUUUCGGGUUCUCGUUGAGGCGCGCCGUUGUCGUCGAACGCGCUGCCAAUGGCCUCACGCAAAUGAGGCCCGUCAUCUUCGCGGAACCCGGUGCCAUGGUGCAGAACAAUAACGACACGGGUCUUUUGCCCGGAGACCGGCUCAUCGAGGUCAAUGGAAUCAACGUCGACGACAAGUCGCGGGAAGAGAUCAUUGAUCUUAUCAAGGGGUCCGCCAACAGCGUUACCGUGAAGGUGCAGCCGGUGGCAGAAUUGUCGGAGUUGUCACGACGUGGCGGCAGUGAUGGAACACACGUGGAGCUUGCAGCUGCGAACAUCCGAGGAGGUACACUUCGUCGAUCGGGCAGUUUGCGCUUCAAUCACAACACGGCGCGUUCUGAGGAACAUUUGGCACAGGAGCAAGCAUGGUUGGCAUCGGAUAGAAUCUGGCUUUUGCACAGAGGUGGAUUCACAGCAGCCACGAGAUGCGGUCCUGCAGAUCCCGACACUGGAAAAUUGAGAGUACGUUUAAUUCCAUCUGGAGAGGAGUUAUUAGUCGACGAAGAAGACGUCGAAAAGGCAAAUCCUCCUCAGUUCGACAAGGCGGAAGAACUGUCUCAACUUCGCUUUUUGAACGAGUCUUCGGUACUUCAUACCUUGAGGCAAAGAUAUGCCAAUAAUUUGAUCCAUACUUAUGCAGGCGAAAGCAUGGUUGUCGUCAAUCCAGUUGCCCCCCUCGCGAUUUACUCGGAAAAGGUUGUUCACAUGUUCAAAGGGUGCAAAAGCGAGGACAUGCCUCCACAUAUCUAUGCCAUGGCCCAGUCAGCUUACAGGGGGAUGUUGGCGACUAGACGAGAUCACUCCCUGGUUUUUCUUGGAAGAAGUGGUGCAGGAAAGACAACGAAUUUCAAACACGCUUUACAUUAUCUAGUUCUCGCAGCGGGAACUGUGAAUAAGAUUUUAACCAUUGAGAAGCUGAAUGCUCUCUUCACGGUGCUAGAAGCCUUCGGGAAUAGCAGAUCACACAUGAAUUCCAAUGCUACCCGAUUUACGCAGUUGUUCAGCUUGGACUUCGAUCAGUCUGGGCAAAUCGCUUCGGCAUCUUUGCAGGUCUUGCUCCUGGAGAAGUCGAGAAUAGGACGACGUGGGAACGGAGAUCCAACAUUCCACGCCAUGUACCGUCUUCUAGCAGGAGCUGAGGGUGCCCUGAGGAAGGAGCUUCACCUGACCAACCUCGUUGCCGAAAACAACCCCUUCGUCACCCCUUUACAGAAGCACGAAGACAAACAACGAGCCAUGGUGGAGUUCAAUCGCAUCGUGGCAGCCUUCAAGAUCCUCGGCGUCCCCGAGGCUGAUGAGAAGGUGAUCUGGUUGACCUUGGCUGGGAUUUACCACCUCAGCUGUGCUGGAGCUGUUAAAGCUGGCACCAGCUCCCAGAGUAGAUGGCAAUUCGCCAGGGUGGAGUGCGCUGAGAGAGCCGCCACUCUUUUGGGUACCUCCGUUGAAGAGCUCAGCAGGGUUGUCUUUUCCUGCAACGGCGGUGGUGGAACACCAAGUACUCCCAGACCAGCUUUGAGAACUCCCAGUCCUACCGAGCAGAGCAAAGAUGUUACUGGUUUGGAUGCCUUGGAAGGACUUCUCGUGGGAUUGUAUUCCGAAGUCUUCCACUGUGUCGCAGCUCUGAUCAACAGGUCUAUCUCUUCAUCAUUGCAUACGGUCUCCUCGCUGCUGUUGUGUGAUGCACCUGGUUUCCAGAAUCCUGCGUCAUGCGGAAAACAAACCGGAGCAACUUUCGAAGAUCUUUGUCACAAUUACCUGCAAGAACGCCUGCAACUUCUGUUCCACCAUACCACUCUGAUCGCACCUAAAGACAGGUAUGUGCAGGAGGGUAUCGACAUCGACCAUGAAGAUGAUUAUGACGAGGAUGGUGUCGGGUCUCCGCAAGCUAUGGUGUCUUUUAUGGACCGUGGUGGUUCACAAAGCGCUGCCAUGCUGAGGACAAGUCAAAGCGACCUCAGCAGUAGCAGGCAAGGGGACCGAAAAGGUCUCCUUUGGUUGUUAGACGAAGAAACCGUCAGUCCAGGAGGGAGUGAUGAGACCUUCCUCGACCGUUUGUUCUCCCUCUAUGAAAGGGAUCAUCAGAUGCUGCUGAUGAAGGCUCCCGGUAACAACCAGUUCGUCUUGCAACAUCUUCAGGGCACUAAUCCUGUCUUGUACACGGCAACCGGAUGGCUCAAGGCUACUCGAGAAAAUCCUGUCGCUCGUAGUGCUAUUAUUAUCCUGCAAGAAAGUACUAGGGAAGACGUCAGCAGACUCUUCGUGUGCGCUCGGGGUGCUGGGGUUUCUGGAGCACUGAGUGGCUCGGUUCCUGGUCUGGAGGGAUCUCAGUCUCUCAGAAGAGCUUCCAGUAUUAGAAGAACGUUCACCGCGGUCAAGAGAAAAAACGUUUGCUUGCAAGUCAAGUUCACUGUUGAUGGCCUUGUAGAGACCCUAAGGAGGACACGGGUAAAAUUCAUACACUGUCUCCUGCCACAGCAUAACGCGGGGUACACCGAGAAUAAGAGCAUUUUGUCAGUUAAAUCGAACCAAUGUGAAGACAACAUCAUCAACGUUCCUCUUCUGCGGUCCCAAAUUCGUGGAAGUGAGAUCGUGCACGCAGUCAGACUACACAAGGUUGGCUUUCCAAAGUUAAUGCCUCUUGGUGAGUUCCGGAGGCGUUUUGGAUUACUAUCAAGCGAUAGCAACGCGCGUCCUGGAAGCCCUGUUGCUGACGAACGUCGCGCUGUCGAGGAUAUGUUGCUGACGGUGGACGUGGAUCCAGCAUCGUACCGUGUUGGGCAAAGUCAGAUAUUCUUCCGAUCUGGUGCUUUGGAACGUCUGGAAGCUCAGAGGGAUGAGAAACUCACGGGUCAUAUCAUACUUCUUCAGGCGAGAUGCAGGGGAUACCUUGCGAGGAGGAAACUCAAUACUCUCAAGUUGCAAGACUUGGCGGUCAGGUGCAUUCAGAGGAACGUGAGGAAGCUGAUGUCUGUUAGAGAGUGGCCCUGGUGGCGGCUUUACGUCAAGGUAGCUCCUCUGCUCAACGUUCACCGCACCGAGGACCAACUGAAGGCAAGGACGGAAGAGCUGGAGGUCCUCAGGGCGAAGGUGGAAAGACUAGAGCAGGAGCGGAAUCAUCUGAAGCACGACAAUGACAAGUUGGAGGCGAAGUUGAGCGAGAUGACGGCGGACUUUGCCGAGGAACACUCUACGUCGACUUUGGCAGCCGAGAGAAUCGACGCCGAGACUUCGGAACGAAUUCGGCUGGAACGCGAACUGCAAGACGUGACCGAGUCCAACAAAAAUCUCCAACAGACUACUGAGAGAUUGGAAAUGGAGCUUUUGUAUGCUCGGGCUGCCGAUUUGAAUGGAAUCGCCUCCGAUGGCGAGGAUGGAGAAGAUGGAGGUGUCUAUAAACAACGAUACGAACACGCCAUUCGGGAGCUCGAGUUCACCAAACGGAAAAUGGCUCAGCAACACGAGGACGAUUUGGAACAACUGGUCGGACUGAAAAAACAGCUCGAGAAAAAGCUGGCUGACGCUUAUGAGGAGGUGGAGGAACAACGUCAGGUGGUUGGUCAAUGGAAACGCCGGGUGCAAAAGUUGAACGGCGAGAUGCACGACCUGCGACUCCUCCUGGAGGAACAAACCGCCAGGAACAAUCUCCUGGAGAAGAAACAGCGGAAGUUCGACUCCGAGACCCAGAACCUGAUGGAUGACUUGAGACAGGAGAAGGUGCAACGGGAAAGACUGGCUCGAGAAAAGGAGAUCGCCAUCGCCGAGAAAUUCACCGUCGAGCAGAAUCUCAGUGACGCCAGGCUGGAGAUCGAGUUGAAAGAGGAGAGACUGCAUACCUUGACUCAGGAGCUGGAGGAGCUGACGUUCGGCGGAAAGACGGAAGAGGAAGUGGCUCAGCUGAAGAAGACGAAGCACGAGCUGGAGAAGAAGAUGAAGGACCAAGAGGAAGAGCUCGAUGAUUUAGCUGGCCAGGUGCAAUUGUUGGAACAGGCCAAGCUCAGGCUCGAGAUGAGCAUCGAGCAGCAGCGCAAAGAGAUGCGGAAGGAGAUGCAACAGAGAGACGAAGAGCUAGAAGAUGUACGAGGCAAUGCACACAAGAAGGUCAAAGCCCUUGAGGCUCAGUUGGAGACAGAACACGAAGAGAGAACCAUUCUUCUUCGCGAAAAACACGAAUUGGAAAGACGUCUGGUAGCUGUUGAAGAGCAAGAUAGGACGGAACGAGCUGCCGAAGCUGAGACCGUUCAAAGACUUAAGCGAGACUUGAAGAAAACUAGGGCUCUCCUGAGGGAUGCCCAGACCAUGCUGGAGCGAUCGAAGGGCGAUUCCGCCGGGAAAGCAGUUCUACGACAACUGAAGAACCAACUCGAGGACGCGGAGUGCGCAAGAGCAGCAGCGGUAAAGGCGAAACAGGCUUUGGAGCAAGACUUGAAUGAGACUCAAGCUGCCUUUGAGGAAGCUUCUCGUCUGCGCUCUGAAGCAGAAGAAAGGGCCAAUGCUGCCUGCAGGGAACGAGCGGAAUUGCGAUCCCAGCUGGAAGAGAACGAGGAGGAGCUCGCUGAGGUGCUGAAGAAAUACCGAGCAGCGGUGCAACAGGUGUCGGCGGAGCAGUCACAGCUACAGGAGGCUCAGGUGCAGAUUUCCAACCUGGAGGCUGAGAAGUCUUCCCUGAAAGAUCAGCUAUCCGAGCUGAGCCAACGUUUAGAAUCCGUUGAACAGCUUGGAGAUCCCACGGCAAACAGUCUUGCUACCAGACGCUUGGAAUUCCGCGCUAAAGAGCUGGAGAGCAAGCUGGAGCUGGAGCAGACGACCAGAGCUCGUUUGGAGACUCAGAUAGCUCGUUUGAAGGAGAGCUUGGACAAGCUGCAGACCGAGAACGCUCUUUUGAGGACCAAGGAACAAACCGCCCAAGACGCAGCGAGGAGGCUGCAGAGAUCCCUACGAGAGUCGCGAGAUGAGGCCUCUUCGGCGGCUGCUCGAGAGCAGGAGGCUGUGCGAGCUCGGAGGGACCUUGAAAAAACCUUGGAAGCUGCAGAAGCAGAGACCAAGGUCGCCAGAGACGACCUGAGACUCGCUCUUCAGAGGAUCGACGACCUCCAGAGCGCGAUUCAAGGGGAACUCGACUUGGACUGCAGCGAGGAGGCUACGACCGAUAAUAGCGAUAGGUAAAAGGCGCCUCCUCGGUUUAUGGUGUGUCUACUCCGUCGGGAUCGUUGCCUUUCAUAGUGCUGAUCAAGGCUCGUUCUUCAUUCCAGUGACUGAUCCGAGGACUCCAACAGCGACCUGGAGAUCCAGGACGAGGAUCCCUCUCCCACCGAGAGUUCAGUGCAUCUCGGAGAAGGCUUUCCAAGGAAUUGAAAGAACGUCGCCUGAGCCCCUCCGCGCUUGAUAGACGUUGACACUUAGGAGACGUGUAGCUUUCGGUUGACUUUACUCAUGACACUCAUGGUAUCACGUGCUCGCAAUCAUGGCGGCCUCUAGUAUUAUUUUCAGUACUCUAGGGCAUAUUGUGUAAGAGCGACCAACCUUGGCCCGGCUUCCUCGCGAGCCUGGGACCAGUCGGGACCUCGAGGAGAGCAUGUCACGGAACGACAUGUUUAUGCAUAUUCGUCGUGUUCAUUCCCGAGGAUAUGUGACCCCGCUUCGUGGCUGUCCUAUAUCUUCGCGUAACACGUAAUCGGUGUUAUUACUUAUCUGGUGCUAGUACCUCCCCCUUUUCCAGCGACUCGUCUUCCAUUCGUUACUCCUUAGGCUUAGCGUGGUCGUAAAAUGCUAUUCCUCGCGACAUGCUUCUCUCGAAGGGCUCACGAGCGAGAUUUCGAAGCCGUAGACCAGGAAUUUUGCCGACAUGUCGGCAUGUCUCUUUCUUUUACGGUGUUUCUUGCGAUGGGGCGACGGUUAACUUGUCGGCUAGCCGCGCGUUGGCGCUGCUGUCGACGUACCAGGAAUUUUGUCGACACGUCGGCAUGUCUCCUUUUUUUACGGUGUUUCCUACGAUGGGGCGACGGUUAACUAGUCGGUGCGCCGCGCGAUGGCGCUCCCGUCGACGUACCUUCGCCCCCCAGAACGUUUGUAUAGAAAACGACGACGAACUUGCGGUUUACGAACAUUGCGUUUAAUCUUCGAUUCCGCGUAAGGUUUCUCUUGUAACUUAUUGCUUUGUAAAAUGCAAAUCUUAUUUAAUUAACCACCGGUCUGAGCAUUUCUACCAGUCAGCCUGACCCCACUCUCGAGGUUCCCCGUUUGGAUGUUCCAUUGAGUAGGUUUAAGGAAAUAUAAGCGACCCGCGACGCAGAAGUAUCUACAACGAUGUUGCUUUUUCAUUUACGAAACUGUAUUACUGCGAUCCAAUUGGACAGCUGGAUUUAUGACCGAUUGUUGUCGUUUUGAACCGUUGGUUGAGCGACCAUGAAUGAAGGAAGGGCGAUCGCUCGUUAGGUGGUAUUAUUGUAUAAAAUGAUUUCUCUUAAAUA